CAAUGUUAGAGCUCCUAAUUCUAGUUAAGUCAUAGCAUUAGCUUUUCUUUAACAGUGAAGUAUAUCCGUAUUUCCAAGCCAUUAGAAUAUCGAAGACGAGGGAAUAUAUUAAAAAAAAAAGGGGAAAAUAAUAUGCAAAUAUGGAAAGGAGCCCGGUUCACGUAUACAUCUCCGAUGGCGCGAUGGCUCCUCUCUCGUCCCUCUUCCACUAAAUUGUUCGUUGGAGGGCUGUCUUACGACACCAAUGAAACAGUUCUGAAGGAUGCUUUUGAGAUGCAUGGAGAAAUUAUUGAAGUGAAGGUGAUAUGUGAUCAUAAGAGUGGAAAGUCAAAAGGAUAUGGAUUUGUGCAUUUCACUACAGAGAUUGCAGCGAGCAACGCCUUGAAGGAAAUGAAUGACAGGAUAUUGGAUGGUAGAAAUAUCCGUGUUCAGUAUGUUCACAAAAGAUGAAGGCAAAGGAUUCGGUCUAUGGUGAAUCAUUUGUUGAUUUAAAUAUUGUCUGUUUUCUCAGCAAUGAGAAGAAGAAUUCGUCACUGGCAUCUCUCUUUGUAUGCUUGCAUGGUGGUGGCCUAUAACGACAAUCAUCUAAAUUUGAGUAUUACUAGAGAUUUUGUUCUAGCUUGUGACAAGUACGUGUGAUAAUCUUGUGCCAAUUUUUCCGUUGAGACAAUUUUCUGGAAAAUUUCAUUGAACUAGAGUGUACGGGGAACUUAUUCCUACCCAAGAACAAAUGUACAUACUGUGAGAUCAUAACCUUUUCUGGCAUUUACCAGUCAGGUCUCUUACUGAGAAAAGAUGUUAUCCACUAAGAGAGAUUCGAGAAGUGAAUUCAUUAUUUGAUUUCUGUA